AUGGCUUUUUUAGGCCGUCUUUUGAGCAGAGACAAAUCCAAGUCAUUUGCAGAGAAGCCUAACCAAGUCGUACGAGGCACCACAUGUGAGGUUGAAAUCGUCCAUCGUAAGGACGAUUCCAAAAUUGCCAUUAAGCGGUUUAUAUCGUGGGACCGACACAGUCAUCAUAAGCAAGUUUGUAAUAAUGAAUACGCAUUGCUCAAAAAGCUGCAACAUGAAAACAUUGUAGAAGCCCUUGAUUUUGACCAAAAGAAGUAUACCAUUACGUUUCCUUAUUAUGACUACACUAUGCUACUGCUAAUGAAGAUGAAACUACUCCCGACAAUACAGGAACGAGGGUUAUGGUUCUGUCAAAUUUGUGAAGGAGUUGCUUACUUGCAUUCACAAAACAUAGUGCAUAGAGAUCUAAAACUCGAGAAUAUAAUGGUUGAUCAAUCACUAUGCAACAUUAAGAUUAUAGACUUUGGUUCUGCUGUGGACAUCGGUGCCAAUCGGGUGGAUUGUCAUGGUAUCUGUGGAUCAGAACCAUUUAUAGCUCCCGAAGUCUUUCAGCGUUUGAGUUAUGAAGGGCCACCCGUCGAUAUAUGGUCUUUAGGAAUAAUCAUGUUUGAACUUUUCAAUAAUUCUAAUAAACUUCUUUACCCAUGGAAACUAGCCAAAAUUGACGAUCCGGCCUUUAAACAAUACAAAGAAGAUCCUGAAUCUUUGGAUAUCGAACUUCCUCUUUGUUCGAAACUUCUUUCGAUCGAUCCCAAGGAACGUUUACAAAUCGAAGACAUACUUCAAGAUAAGUUUUACAAGGACAAUUCUAGCUGUGUUGAUGAACAUUUAGUUCACGCCCGGACGAAGAGGAUUUUGAACCGUUCGCAAACUAUAUAG